AUGACUAAGUGUUCACCCAAAAAUAUAAAGCGAGAACCAGAAAGCCAGUUAUUAAUAACUGAUAUAUUUAUUUCUAAUAAUAAGGGAAAGGCAACUGUAAAGAAAACUAGAUGCCAAGAGACUAAUACUGACACAGAUCAUUCAAUAGAAGCCCACCGUAACUUAGCUUCAAAAUGUCUAAAAUAUGUUGGGGCACACGUAAGUGCUGCAGGGGGAGCUGAUAAAAGUAUAGAGAAUAUGGUGAAAAUUGCUGGUCAAUCGCUUGCUCUAUUUUUAAAGUCAUCUCGAUCUUGGAAUGCCCCCCCUUUACAAAAAAGCACUAUAGACAAGUUUAGGGAGAAUUGUAAAAUUUACAAUAUUGACUAUGGAAAAUUUUGUUUACCCCAUGGAUCAUACUUGAUUAAUUUAGGAAAUCCAGAUGAAGAAAAACGAUCGAGAAUGUUUUCAGCGUUUGUAGAUGAAUUGCAAAGAUGUGAAUCUCUUGGGAUUAGAAUGUACAACUUUCACCCUGGAUCUACUGUUGGAAAGUGUUCAAAAAAAGAAAGUAUUAAAUAUAUUUCUGAUUGCAUUAAUGAAGCUCAUAGCAGAACUGACUUUGUAAUAACAGUCUUAGAAAAUUGUGCAGAACCUAAAUGCGUAGGAUAUAAAUUUAAGGAAUUAUCAGACAUCAUUGAAUUAGUUAAAGACAAGAAACGAGUUGGUGUUUGUUUAGAUACCUGUCAUCUUUUUGCUGCAGGCUAUGAUGUACGCACUAAAGACAGCUUUGAUUCUGUAAUGAAAGAUUUUGAGGAAACAGUUGGAAUGGAAUAUCUUUGUGCAAUGCAUUUGAAUGAUUCUAAAGGUCAACUCGGAAGUGGUCUUGAUAGACACGAAAAUCUCGGGCUAGGGAAUAUUGGCAUGGAGUGCUUUGAAUUCAUAAUGAAUGAUCAUAGGUUUAAUAAUAUUCCCUUAAUAUUGGAAACACCUGAUGUUAAUAAUGAUGAGAAGAUAUACAAGAAAGAAAUAUCAAUGCUAUAUGACCUUGUAGAAAUUUCUAAGUAA